GACUGCUGGUCUGCUCUGAUCUCAGCAGCUAAAGAAGGACACGUUGAGGUGGCGAAGGAGCUGCUGGAGAACAGCGCCUACAUCGAGCACAGAGACAUGGGCGGCUGGACGGCUCUGACCUGGGCGUCUUAUAAAGGCCGUGUGGAGGUCACCGAGCUGCUGCUGGAGAACGGAGCGAACCCCAACACUACAGGACAGCAGUACAGUGUGUACCCGAUCAUUUGGUCAGCAGGUCGAGGACACGCUGACAUCGUCAAAGUUCUUCUGCGUGAAGGAGCCAAAGUCAACUGUUCAGACAAGUAUGGGACCACUCCUCUGAUCUGGGCAUCCAGGAAAGGACACUUUGACUGUGUGAUGCAUCUUCUGGAGAACGGAGCGGACGUAGACCAGGAGGGAGCGAACUCCAUGACGGCCCUCAUUGUGGCGGUGAAGGGCGGCUACACUGAGGUGGUGAAGGAGCUGCUGAAGAGGAACCCUAACGUCAAUAUGACAGACAAAGACGGGAACACGGCGCUGAUGAUCGCUGCCAAGGAGGGCUACACCGAGAUAGUCCAGGACCUGCUGGACGCAGGGACCUACGUCAACAUCCCAGACCGGAGCGGGGACACGGUGCUGAUUGGAGCAGUGAGGGGGGGUCAUGUGGAGAUCGUCAGAGCUCUGCUGCACAAAUACGCCGACAUCGACAUCAGAGGACAGGUGAGAACAUCAUAAUAAUAAUAUAAUUAA